UUGGCUGUCAAUUGUCAUUACGUCAGUUUUUGAUAGCAUAAUGCAUUAAUUUUUAAUUGUAUCGACGACAAAUUGGAAUUUUAUUACUUGUUAGUCGUGAGUUGGUGCGUGCGGACGUUUAUUUUAUUUGCCUAAAAUGAUUUUAAUGGAUAUAUAUGACACCGCAAGUUGGUGGACACUUGUUAUCGCUGCUCAAGUGGUUAUCGGCCUUACAUAUUUCAUGAAGAUGAGAAAAUCAAAGAAACCCGAAGACCGUUUGACGCAACAAAAACUACUUGAAUGGAAACCUUUGCCUUUAGUUCCCGACGAUUUAACUGUGCCAGAACCACCUUUAAUGGGGAAAAUUAAUGAAAAAGCUCUUAAUUUGGGGGCUACAAGCUUUCUUUGCUUGGAUCAGGAGCCUAAGAUUAUGGAGCGAGCUAUUCAGGCCUUGCACAAAUACGGCGUUGGAUCCUGUGGCCCGCGAGGGUUUUACGGUACAAUAGAUGUACAUUUAGAGUUGGAGGAGAGGUUGGCUAAGUUCUUGCAGGUGGAAGAGACCUGUGUUUAUUCAUAUGGGUUUUCUACUGUUGCCAGUGCCAUACCAGCUUACGCUAAAAAGGGGGAUAUAAUCUUUGCGGAUGAGAAAGUAUGGUUCGCCAUACAAAAAGGUAUAGAUGCUUCGCGAAGCACAGUCAGAUACUUCCGUCACAAUGACAUGCAGGACUUGGAGCGUCAGCUAGAACUUGCAGCUUGGAAAAAGGAACUCAACCCUAAAAGAAGGGCGUUCUUGGUUGCUGAGGCUAUAUACCUUAAUACAGGCUAUAUGUGUCCUUUGAGGAAAUUGGUGGAACUGGCCAGAAGGUUCAAAUUGAGGAUCAUUCUUGAUGAAAGUCUGUCAAUUGGGGUGAUCGGCAAGACGGGCCGAGGGCUGACGGAGCAUCUCAACGUGCCGCGUGACGAGAUCGACUUGAUAGUAGGAUCUUUGGAGCACUCGUUCGCUUCCAUCGGAGGGUUCUGCGCCGGCUCGCACUAUAUCGUGGAGCACCAACGCCUCUCCGGGUUAGGGUACUGCUUCAGCGCGUCUCUGCCGCCCAUGCUGACGGAAGCUGCCAUCGCUGCGUUGGACAUCUUGGAGGAGAGGCCGGAGAUCAUCAGCGACCUGGCUGAGAUCUCCGUGAAGUUGAGCCAUGCCCUCUACAGUCUAUACCACUUCUCGUUCAGCGGGGACGUGUACUCGCCAGUCAAACAUCUUUACACCAAGGACGAAGGCAACGUAUUGUCUUACGACAUCAAGAUGGAGUUCCUCCGAAAUAUAGCUAAAUAUUGUAUGGAAAGAGGCGUGGCGGUGACUGUCUCAGCGCAUAUAAAGGACGAUGAGCUAAGCUGUCCAGAACCUUCCAUAAGAAUAGUGUCGACUUUGAAGCUUAAUGACGGACUCAUUGCCCAGAUUUGCGAAGUGUUGGAUAAGGCGUACAUAGAUUGCAAAAUUCUAGGCUGAAUUAGUGUUAGUCUGUGCCUUAAAAAAAAACUUUUGUUUAUACACUGUGACUUUUUAAUUUAACCGAUCUUUUUUAACUUAUGAUUAAAUUUAAAAGGCCUAGCUCUACGUUUUAACUCUUCGUAAAAUGUUUGUUGACAUAAUUUUUUAAUAUAAAAACGAAAUACCUCUCACUACUGACAUUAAAUCUUUAUGUAAACCUUUUUUGUAUAACUUAAAUUUGCCGGUUAAAAUAGUAUCCAAUUACCAUUAAUUUUCCGUAUAGAUCGAAUCUGUGGAAUACAAAUAAUAAUAGUAAUAAUAAGCUGCGGUUGAGGUACACGUUCACAAAUAGAAUUUUUUUUGUUACUACCGAGUUUCUUGUCGGCUCUUCUCGGAAGAAUCUGCUUUUCAAACCGGUGGUAGAGUCCCAACAAACAGAAAUUCUUGACGUUUCAUAAGUGCUUAUAAAGAAGGCCUACUUGAAAUAAAUUAAUUUAAAAUAUUGAGGAAUUAGGGAUAUAACAAACGUGCUUAAAUAAAUAAAUAUUAAUGAGUUUUUUUUAUAACUAUAUUUUAAUUAUGGUUCUGAUAUUUUUACAACAUAUUUUACGCUUAUAAUUCUCAAAAAGAUUGGUUACAUUACAAGACAAUUAAAACACUUUGGUUUACACUCAGUUCUGUUUACUGCACUAGUGAUAGUACGACUCAAAAAUAAUAAUAUUGUUUACAGUGAAACUGAUAUAGUUAAGUAGGUCAUCCGAAUAUCCCAUCGCUCGCACUCGCUAUAGAGUGUUUCUUAAUGCACCGAAUUAAGUAUUAUAAUAACACAGUACGGCUUUUCGCUGAACUGGUGAUAAUAAGAAUCAGACAUAAAAAUAUUGUUUACAGUGAAACUGAAAUAGUUAAGUAGACCAUCCGAAUAUCCCAUCGCUCGCACUCGCUACAGGGUGUUUCUUAAUGCACCAAUUUAAGUAUUAUAAUAAUAACGUACGGCUUUUUCUGUUACCAAUAUAGUAACUAACUCUGUUGCGGCUCUGGGAUGACAAAAGUCACAGUGUAUAGGCAAAAAUAGAAAAACAUAUAGCCUUUUUAAAACGCAAGUAAAUAGUCUUAUUCUAUUUAUAUAUUUUAAUAGUGAAGUGCACAAAGUAUCUUUCUUGCACUAAGUAUUGUGAAAUUAUACAUUCCGUACUUACAUGUACAUAAUAUGUACAUAGACAUCUUUAGCCAAAGAUUUGUAUUAAUUACAGUCAGUAACUUUGACAUCCAAAGGAACAUCUGAUUAAUUUUUAUGCUGCAUUUAUUUCACUGUGUGACCGUUACCCUACUUGACCUUAAUAGUAAACUAUUUAAAAAUAAAAGAUAAAAUUCAUUCUAAGGAAUUCUUCUUAAUAAAUAUUAUUUCAGUAAAUCAUUCAUGUCAUUCUUAAUAAAUAUUAUUUCAGUAAAAUGUGAAUGGUGAAGAAUAUUUUAAUUAUUUAUUUAUGCACAAAAUAAUGGGAUCACAAAUCUCUCUACCUAAGGCAAAGUGCAGUUUGAACACGCAUUUGAUUGAUUAUUCUACAAAUCGCAAAAGAAUGACAGAGAAAAUUGAACCUAUAUCACUUUUUUUUUUCAAUCUUAAUUUCCUCCAGGGCUUCUAGCAGAACGUUUGUGAUAUCGGAGAUAAAAUUCCGAAUAAACAACUUUAAUAUUUCCUAUAUUAAAGUUGUUUGUUCGGAAUUUUAGGUCCAUUUUUCUUUGGCAAUAUAUUUUAAGAGUUGCAAGUGUUUUUGGUCAAAAUAAGGUAGAGCUUUUACUUUUUUUAUGCUUUGUUAAGCGAAACUUUUUCGUAUAUAUUAUAUUUAAAAAAAAAACUUUGUUUUAUUUGACCU